CCAUCCCCCGCCGCCCCGGCGCCAGGCAGCCGGCCGGCCCGCGCGCCAUGGAGCAGACGUACGGCGAAGUGAACCAGCUGGGCGGCGUGUUCGUGAAUGGCCGCCCCCUACCCAACGCCAUCCGCCUGCGCAUCGUCGAACUGGCGCAGCUGGGCAUCCGACCCUGUGACAUCAGCCGGCAGCUGCGCGUCUCCCAUGGCUGCGUGAGCAAGAUUCUGGCGCGCUACAAUGAGACCGGCUCCAUCCUGCCCGGGGCUAUCGGGGGCAGCAAGCCGCGCGUCACCACCCCAAACGUGGUCAAACACAUCCGGGACUACAAGCAAGGAGAUCCUGGCAUCUUCGCUUGGGAGAUCCGCGACCGGCUGCUGGCCGACGGUGUCUGCGACAAGUACAACGUGCCCUCGGUGAGCUCCAUCAGCCGCAUCCUGCGCAACAAGAUCGGUAGCCUGGCGCAGCCCGGGCCUUAUGAGCCCAGCAAGCAGCCGCCGCCCCAGCCGGCGCUGCCCUACAACCCCAUCUACCAGUACCCUUACCCCACCCCCGUGUCGCCCACGGGCGCCAAGAUGGGUGGCCAUCCUGGGGUCCCCGGCUCGGCAAGCCACGUCAGCAUCCCGCGGUCGUGGCCCUCGGCGCAUUCCGUCAGCAACAUCCUGGGCAUCCGGACGCUGAUGGAGCAAACAGGUGCCCUGGCUGGGAGCGAAGGCACCACCUACUCCCCCAAGAUGGAAGAGUGGGCUGGGGUGAACCGCUCGACCUUCCCCGCUGCCCCCGCGGUGAACGGGCUCGAGAAACCGGCCUUGGAGGCGGACAUUAAGUACACCCAGUCGGCCUCCGGGCUCUCCGCCGUCGGCGGCUUCCUCCCGGCCUGCGCCUACCCAGCCUCCAAUCAGCACAGUGUGUACAGCGCGCCGGCAGGCGGCUACCUAGCCCCAGGCCCGCCUUGGCCACCCGCGCAGGGACCCCCACUGGCGCCGCCCGGGGCCAGCGUUUCAGUGCACGGCGGGGAGCUCGCCGCCGCCGUGACCUUCAAGCAUCCCAGCCGAGAAGGCCCUGAUCGGAAGCCCCCUAGUCCAGGCAGCAAGGCUGCGGACACUCUGGGUAGCUUGCACGGACUGCCGCUUCCGGCCUCCUCCUCCUAG